AUGUCAGCUGAUCCACAAGGAAAGCACAAGAUUUUGUUUCUACAUGGCAAGGGAGAAAACGCAAAGACCUUUCGGGCGAGACUACGAAGACUCGAAGACGCACUGGUGGAGAAGAAGGGAGAUGCAGUAUCCUUGGAGUUUGUGACGGCUCCUCAUCUGAUCGGAUCUGACGACAAGUAUGCAUGGUGGAACCUUCCACCGAAUCAACGAUCCUUCACCGCCAGUGAGUACAUCGGGAUGGACGAGACGUUCAAGAUGAUUGAGAAGACCUGGAUGGAGAAGGGACCGUUCGAUGCAGUUGUUGGACAUUCGCAAGGAGCAAUCCUGAUCACGGUUCUCCUAUCUCGGGCCCUCCUUCGCGACUUUUCCUUCAAGCCUGCCAAGGCGAUUCUCUUCGGAGCUGCCUGGCCCAACCCGUUCGACGGUGAGCUGAAUCAACUUGCUGCUAUGGAUUUGGCGACUUCGUCGUACUCUCCUCAGACUCUUCACGUAUACGCGAUGAACGACAACAUCAACCCGCCCGAGAUGGCCAAGAGGAUUGAGAAGGGUCACGAUAUCCCCAUGGACGACAAGUCCCUCGCCAAGUUCAGCUCGUUCCUCUUCGACUGA